AAAUCCCGCCUUGCCUGGAAAAGUUAACAUGCUAAACGAGUCCGAAAAGGCAUCAGGCAGAGAGCGAAGUGCCGGAGGUUGAGCUCUUGCGACAAGGAAAGAUUUAGAGCCAUAACGACCUUUGACCAUGUGGUUCUACUUGGCAGCCUUGCUGGGCCUCAUUUUCCUACUCCGAUGGUACCGUGAAAGACAGGUCUUGAGCAACCUGACAGAGAAAUAUGUAUUCAUAACUGGCUGUGACUCUGGUUUUGGCAAUCUGCUGGCCAGGCAGCUGGAUGCUCGGGGCCUUCGAGUGCUGGCAGCCUGUCUUACAGCGCAGGGGGUGGAGAAGCUGACAGCAGCUACCUCAAAACGGCUGCAAACCACCCUCUUGGAUGUCACCAGCACUGAAAGUGUGGCCAAAGCAGUGGAAUGGGUGAAAAGCCAUGUGGGAGACAAAGGUCUGUGGGGCUUAGUGAACAACGCCGGCAUUUCAAUCCCAGUGGGCCCCAAUGACUGGCUGAGCAAGGAGGAUUUCAAGAAAGUCAUAGACAUCAACCUUCUUGGGGUGAUUGAUGUGACCAUACAAAUGUUGCCUUUGGUGAGAAGAGCCAGAGGGAGGAUUGUUAAUGUUUCCAGCAUAAUGGGACGGAUAUCCAUGUUUGGCGGUGGCUACUGUCCUUCAAAAUAUGGUGUGCAGUCCUUCUCCGACAGUCUCAGGAUUGAAAACAUCCAUUUUGGUGUCAAAGUCUGUAUAAUAGAACCAGGCUACUUCCGAACUAACAUCACAAAUGAAAGCAUCAUGCACGACAACUUCCGUCAGCUCUGGGAGAAGCUCCCAAAGGAGACCAAGCAAGUCUAUGGGGAGUCUUACUUGCAGAAAAUACUCAAAGAAACCACUAGAAUACAAGAUAAAUGCAAUCCUGAUCUGUCCCUGGUUACCAGCUGCAUGGAGCAUGCCCUGACUGCUGUACACCCUCGAACCCGCUACACGGCCGGCUGGGAUGCCAAGCUUUUUUUCAUUCCUCUGUCCUAUAUGCCAGUAUGGCUGACUGAUCAAUUAUUCGUCAGCUAUGGCCCCAAGCCAGAGCGGUGCUGUUAGGGUUGUGGGGCCAUGAAGAGCAGAAGAUUGUUGUUGUUGUUUUUACAGUGAUGGCCUGGGCUGAAGACCUUGCCUCUUUUUAAAAAAUUGCUUUUAAAACCUUUCUAAUUCUUAUGUGGCUUUUGGUGAGAUGCCUCCUUCUCUUGCUACAUGACGGCUUGUUUCCAAGCUGGCUUAAACCUACAUCCUGCCUCUUGUCGGCAGGAGCAGGUGUCGAACCAGUGCUUUGCUCUCCCUCCCAGAAUUCCUUUGUCAUUUGGCUGUAACCUUUUCCCUUCCUUCUGAUACAGAGGGAGGUGAUACCUUCCCCGGCUCUGCCUCUCAAGCAGCCUCUGGGCACCAACAUCUGAAGCUGCCUUAUGCCUAGACAGAUCAUUGAUCUCUCUAGCUCAGUAGUGGUGACAUGGCUGUCCAAGGUCCCAGCCAGAAGUCUCCUCCCAAGUCCUUGUAACUGAAGAGGGUGAGGAUGGAACCUGCCAUCUUCUGCCACUGAGAUAUGGCCUCCAUCCAUGCGGGAGUAGCUCUUAUCCUAUGCAAUCAUUGACCAAUAGGCCACUUGCUCAGGGCUGGCUUAAGACACAAUUGGUGCUCCAGGAAGAUCAUCCGGCCUACUAGCCCAGGCCCAAAUCCACAUGUACAAACAUCACUGAAAUAAACAGGAUUUGUGAGUUUCUGCGCUUUGGCACAGUUUUUGUUGGCUUCAGUGUGGCUUGUGGAGUUAUAGGAGCUUUACAGGGGCCCGUCUGCCUUCCACUCUGGCUCUAAUCCUUGUGGGCUGGCAGCCUCAUGUUAAGAAUGACGCCACAUUUAAUCUGUAGUCACAAGGGGUCCCUUUAAUGCAACAUAUAUCAGAGGUGGGGAACCUUCCUUUUCUUUUUCUUUGCCGAAGGGCCAAAUUGGCUCCCGGCGAGUGGAAGGGGCCACCGUGUCAUUGCCAGCAUGCAGCCAUGGCCACUUCCUCAGAUGCACACAAACGCACUAGUUGUUCCCAUUUCUGGGAACGCACAUUCAUGCCUUCUCUCCCCCUGCCCCGCUCAUCCCAUGCACGCAUACACUACCGAGAGGGAAAGGGAGCCUUGCACCCUACAGCAAGAAAA